AGCAAAGCAAACACAACUCCAAUUCUAUCAAUCUUAAAUAUCAGUUUCACCAAUUCUAUCUACUAAUUCACCAACAACAAUGUCGCUGAUUCCAACCAUUUUCGAUCCCUUCUCCUUAAACGUUUGGGACCCAUUCGAAGGCUUCCCAUUUUCAAGCUCACUGGCCAAUGUGCCUUCCUCUGCUGCUGGUGAGACCUCUGCUUUCGCCAACACCCGCAUCGACUGGAAGGAGACCCCAGAAGCCCACAUCUUCAAGGCGGAUCUUCCCGGGAUCAAAAAGGAGGAGGUCAAAGUCGAAGUUGAAGAGGGCGGUGUUCUGCAGAUCAGCGGAGAGAGAAUGAAAGAAGAGGAGGAGAAUAACGAAAAAUGGCAUAGAAUUGAACGGAGCAGUGGGAAGUUCAUGAGGAGAUUCAGGCUGCCGGAGAACGCAAAAGUGGAUGAGGUGAAGGCGGGCAUGGAGAAUGGGGUGCUGACGGUGACGGUGCCUAAGAUGGAAGUGAAGAAGCCGGAGAUCAAGACCAUUGACAUUGGAAGGUCUUAAGAACAGAGAGGUCGGUCUGGUCGAAUACUGAACACAGUGUUGCACAUUUAGUCGUUGAUGUAUAAGAGACGAAUAUCUAAUUUACUUGAACUGAUUAAUGUAUCGGUUAAUUCA